GAUCGGAGCAAGACGCGCACUCCCUGCUCUGAACGGGUGUUUCGCCUCUUGUUUUCUAUUUAUGGUCAGAAUGGAUGGCAUUCUUGCCCUUUAGCUUAAAAAUGCCCAAGCGCAGGAACAGGAAAUGAACACUACGACUGGCUUGGCGCUGAUAGGAGCCGGGACACUGGAGGAAUUACCAGCGCACCGAGCCUUAACGGGCUGCGUCCUGGCGGUGCUCAUCAUUUGGACGCUUUUAGGAAACUUCACGGUUUGCGCAGCUGUUUAUCGCUACCGGCACCUGCGUGCCAAAGUUACCAACAUUUUCAUUGUAUCAUUGGCUCUGUCGGACCUUCUGGUUGGCAUACUGGUGAUGCCAUGGAAAGCUGUGGCUGAAGUGGCAGGUUUCUGGCCAUUUGGAGGGUUUUGUAAGACCUGGCUCGCCUGCGACAUCAUGUGCUCCACGGCCUCCAUCCUCAAUCUGUGCGUCAUUAGUGUGGACAGAUAUUGGGCCAUCUCCAGCCCGUUCCGUUAUGAGAGGAGUAUGAACAAGAAGGUGGCCUCUGUGAUGAUCGGGGUGACCUGGACAGUUUCCAUGGUCAUCUCCUUCGUUCCCGUGCAGCUUAACUGGCACAGGGCGGAGCUCAGUGAUCCGGUCGGGGAGGAUUUGGCACUUCACGGUAAGUCUUCUGAUGGGAGCUGUGACUCUAGCCUGAGCCGCACAUACGCCAUCUCCUCCUCCCUUAUCAGCUUCUACAUCCCUGUGGCUAUAAUGAUUGUUACAUACACCCGCAUCUACCAGAUAGCCCAGAUACAGAUCCGGAUGAUAUCAUCCCUGGAGCGGGCGGCAGAGCGCGCGCAGAGUCGCCGUUCGGAGGUACUUGAACAGUUCCCUCACCUGUGCACGGAAAUCGGUGCCAACUCAUAUCAGUCUCAGUUUCAUCUACAAACUGAUUCUCAGCGCUCUAAUCAGUCACACAGAGAGCUCAGAGUGACCAUCAGAAAAGAGACGAAAGUUCUGAAAACUCUGAGCAUCAUCAUGGGCGUUUUUGUAUGUUGCUGGUUGCCGUUCUUUGUACUGAACUGCGCCCUGCCCUUCUGUCCCGGGCCGGAUGCCCCGGGUGCCCAGCGAGGCCCUUACUGUGUCAGUGAAAAAACCUUCGAUGUUUUUGUGUGGAUUGGCUGGAGCAAUUCAUCCCUGAACCCCAUCAUCUAUGCGUUUAACGCGGACUUCAGAGACGCCUUCCUGCGCCUGUUGCGUUGCCGUGGACAAGGCUGCUGUGCCGCGGUAAGCGCCGCGGUGGAGACGGUGAUGGCGAGCAACGAGGCCGGACAGCUGAAGCAAGAAAGCCCGCUCAUCGUGAAAAUGAACGUGCCAUGUGCCUUGCAAACCAGAGGAAGCGAUGACAGCGGGAACACGACGGUGACCGUGCUGUAUCACAGAGGGACGAACUCGGAGCAGGUGACAGACACCGAGGAGAGUAAAGACAGAUUGACGCAGAUACCGAUAUAAGUCACACUAUUUAACUCGUGUGUGGGGUCAGAUAUACGAGAAAUAUGCAAAGGAGGUGCGACUGAAGCUGGUAAAAAGUACUGUGAGACAAUGUGAAUUUAAUCCUAAUUGAAAACGUGUAUAAGGUAGUAAAAUGUCAGCCUACAUUAGGAAAUUAUAAAUACAAAUGUGAAACAAAAAACUCUUAUUUUACCACGCAUGUAAAAAUUUUCUUUUUGUCAUGAGGUCAGUGGUAGUAUCAUGAGCAUAAAACAAUUUUUGGUCAAACGGUGGAGCUGUUAUUGUAGGCUACUUUGUUCUCAGGGAUGUUGACAAAAGAAAAGACUCAAUAAAUGUUUUGGAGCUUGCACAAUUCAAA